UACUACUUCGAAUUCUCCGAGUGUACUGCGCGUGUGCAUGUGUGCUCCUAGAGGGUACACGUGUCUCAAGGAUCUAUCGUGUCACUUCCUCAUGUUACAGUGACAGUUCAUCAAACUGCCGAUAGUGUACAGAGCGUGGAAAUGGAAAUGGAAAUGCAAGAUGAAGCCUAUUCGGACUCUCUUCUGAAGAAUCUUCAAGACCAGGAUGCUGUCGCCAUUGUUGGGAUUAUUGUCGCAGUAGUUGUAGUCAUCUUAACGAUACUAUUUCUGAAGAUUUUCUGGGGGAGCAAAUCGACUAAGAGUGCUGUCUUGUUGGUUGGACUAUGUGAUUCUGGGAAGACCCUUAUCUUCAAUAGACUGUUGACGGGGAAAUUCAAAAGGACUCAGACAUCCAUGACAGACAACAGUGCAUUUUACAGACCACAUAAUGACACGGGCAGUGGUUGGACACUGAUUGACCUCCCGGGACAUGAGAGCCUACGUCCACAGUACAUAGAGAAGUUCAAGUCAGCUGCUAGGGCAAUUGUGUUUGUGGUGGAUAGCGCCAGCUUCCAGAAAGAGGUGCGAGACGUGGCAGAAUUGCUUUACUCUCUGCUGACGGACAGUGUUAUUGCCAGGAAUGCUCCAACCCUACUGGUGACCUGCAACAAACAAGAUAUCACCAUGGCAAAGUCAGCCAAGUUGAUUCAACAGCAGCUGGAGAAGGAGCUGAACACAUUACGAGUGACACGCUCUGCAGCCCUGAGCUCCCAGGAUGGGUCAACAGGGGACGCCAGUGUGUACCUGGGUAAGAAGGGCAAGGACUUUGACUUCUCCCAGGUGUCCAUGCGUGUGGAGUUCCUGGAGUGCAGCAGCCGUAGCAGCAAGGGCGAUGAAGGGGAGGCUGACAUCGAGAACCUGGAGAAGUGCCUGGCAAAACUGUCGUAAUGAGUCCUAAUUUGCUGUCAUGCUUGGAUCAAGCAAUCAUCUCUCAGAGCCUCAUAAUUUGACAGCAUAUGUCUGUCAGUGAACCACAGUUUUGAAGUUACUCUCCUCAUAUUUGCUUUCCAUGAACCUUGUCUUUGAUUUUUAAAGAAAGGAGGUACAGCUAGCCUCAGCAGUUCAGUGAAAUGUUCUUUGCAUUGUCCUUCAUUCUCUGGGGCCCGUAUUUCAGUAUUCAAACGGCGUGUGAGACUGUAAAAACAGUGUCCCCAUCUCUGCCAGUGUGCCACAUUAUGGUGUACUACAGCCUCAGUCUUUGAUGUUGAUCAGAGUCCACGCGCAGUAAGAUUGAGCCAUAUUAGGGUUGAGCGGUUUGUGUGAUACUCUCUUAUAGGAAGAAUUAGUUAGAUUUUAUAUUGUGAUGUACAAUUCCUUGCUGCUAUUGGCAUGGGAAUUUUUUUUUUUUUGAGCGUUUUGUCUUUUUUGAAGUCAGGGUCAUGAAGCUAAGAAGUCCUAGUAUUGUGCCUUUUUUUGUUUAAGGAACACAUUUAUUAAGCAUCAAACGCACACUGAACAAGCUUGGGUAUCUGUGCAAGGUUUGUUGUCAUUUGCAGUGUUUAGAUGUUUGAUUGCAGAAUUAUGGACUUGUUAGAUUGGAUGUGUGACCUUAAACAGGAAUGUUGUUACAUUGUUCUGCCCUUCUAUAAAAGCAAAGAUUAUUCACAAA